UUGUCUCAGUGGCUUGGCAACCAGUGAAGCAUAGCAACCACCGCCAUCAUCAUCAUCAUCAACAACAAGCUUUCUGUCUUCUUUUUCCAAGCGAGGACUUAAUCAUGUCGUCAAGGACUCUCCCUUUGCUCUUUAUCAACCUCGGCGGGGAGAUGCUUUACAUCCUGGACCAGCGGCUGCGGGCUCAAAAUAUCCCCGCUGACAAAGCGAAGAAAGUUAUGAACGACAUCAUCACCACCAUGUUCAACAAAAAGUUCCUGGAGGAGCUCUUCAAGCCGCAGGAGCUGUACUCCAAGAAGGCCCUGCGCACGGUCUUCGACAGGCUGGCUCACGCCUCCAUCAUGAGGCUCAAUCAAGCCAGCAUGGACAAGCUCUAUGACUUGAUGACCAUGGCCUUCAAGUACCAGGUGCUCCUCUGUCCCCGGCCCAAAGACAUCCUGUUGGUGUCCUUCAACCACAUGGACGCCAUCAAGGACUUUGUGAAAGACACGGCCUGCAUCCUGAGCCAGGUGGACGAGACGUACCAGCAGCUCAUCGAGAUGUACACGCCGCUACCGAGCGGGGAAUUUCAGCUGAUUCGGCAGACUCUCCUUAUCUUCUUCCAGGAUAUGCACAUCAGAGUGUCUAUAUUCCUCAAGGACAAAGUGCAGAACUCCAACGGUCGAUUUGUGCUCCCCACCAGCGGCCCCGUACCGCACGGUACACAAACCCCGGGCCUAAUAAGGAUGUUUAGCUGUACUGGCGAGGAAUCAGGCAGGCUGCAGUUCAACAACGGUGGAAACUACGCAGCUGCUCUCUGCCAAGGAUCUUUUGAGCUCUUCGGAGACCGAGUCACCAAACUGGGCACAAACAUGUACGGCGUGUGCCGGCCAGUGGAAACACACAUGUCGGGGACGGCGAAGAACUCUGCUCAGCACACCAAGGUCAACGCUGCUCCCAACCCGCUGGCCAAAGAGGAGCUCAAUCUCUUGGCCCGGCUCAUGGGAGGCUUGGACGUCCAGAAACCUCCCGGGAACUCGGACAGUAGCUUCCGGGUCAACCUCUUUGCUACUGACCAGGAGGAAGAAGAGGCGUUAAUGUCGAGACCAGAUGAGCUGUCGUAUGGAUUUAUAAACAUUCAAGCUACAAAGGACCAAAGUACAAAUGCGGAGUUGGCGAAAAUCAUGGGAGAGUUCAGCGAAAGUCGGGAGUCGCGGGACCACGCCCCCAGUGCCAGCAGCAGAGGAGACGACCUCCUGGCCAUGAUGGACGGUCUGUGACGACCCUAAGGGUUCUGCCCCCGGCGGCCGUGCAUUAAAGUCUGUGCCAGCAAAACAUGUUUGCUGCAACCUGCGCAGACCAGAAAACCUUCAGGUGUUUCUCCUCCCCCCCCCCCCCCCCCCCCACACACACACAGGUGUAGGGCGGCUUGUACAAUGCAAGGAGGGACUCCAACCUACACGCACAAACUUUGCUGUAAAGGUAAUGGCGGUUUGACAUUUCUACAUCGGAGGGUGGGUGGGAUUUUUUUCACUUUGAUAGCUCAUAUCCCACAAAAAAAAAAAAAAUGUAUUUUUUAAAAAAUGAUUUAAAAUAAGAAGCGAUACGUAGCUCUUGUUGAUAUCAUGGGUGACUUUUUACUACAAAACCAGUUAAGUUGUCACGUUGUGUAAAUGGUAAAUUAAAAACAGAAUACAACGAUUGGCAAAUCCUUUUCAACUAGGGGCGGUAUAGCUCGGUUGGUGCCAGCAACUUGAGUGUUCCAGGUUCGAUCCCCACAUCCCCCAUCCUAGUCACUGAUGUUGUGUCCUUGGGCGAGACACUUGACCCCCCUGCUCCCAGUGGCACCCGCACUGCUUUAAAUGGAACUUAGAUAUUGGGUUUCACUAUGUAAAAACGCUUUAAGUCAGUAGAGAAAGGCGCUAUAUAAAUAUAAUUCACUUCACUUCAGCUUGUAUUCAAUUAAAUAGACUGCAAAAACAAGAUACUUAACGUUCAAACUGCUAAAUUUAGUUUUUUCUUGGAAAUAUUAGCUCAAUUGGAAUUUGAUGCCUGCAACGUGUUUCCAAAAGGCUGGCACAAGUGGCAAAAAAGACAGAGGAAGUUGAGGAAUGCUCAUCAAACACUUAUGUGGAACAGGCUGAUUGGGCUUCACGGUGGCAGAGGGGUUAGUGCAUCUGCCUCACAAUACGAAGGUCCUGCAGUCCUGGGUUCAAAUCCAGGCUCGGGAUCUUUCCGUGUGGAGUUUGCAUGUUCUCCCCGUGAAUGCGUGGGUUCCCUCCGGGUACUCCGGCUUCCUCCCACUUCCAAAGACAUGCACCUGGGGAUAGGUUGAUUGGCAACACUAAAUGGUCCCUAGUGUGUGAAUGUGAGUGUGAAUGUUGUCUGUCUAUCUGUGUUGGCCCUGCGAUGAGGUGGCGACUUGUCCAGGGUGUACCCCGCCUUCCGCCCGAUUGUAGCUGAGAUAGGCGCCAGCGCCACCCGCGACCCCACAAGGGAAUAAGCGGUAGAAAAUGGAUGGAUGGAUGGAUGGAACAGGCUGAUUGGGAACAGGUGGGUGCCAUGGUUGGGUAUAAAAGCAUCUUCCAUGAAAUGCUCGGUCAUUCACAAAGGACGGGACGUCGCUUUUUUUUCAAACAUUAUCUCCUCUGAGGCCGUUUGUCGUUUCGGCUUCAAAUAAGCACAGAAGAGAGAGAGAACCCUUCUGAUUAAAAGUUAAAGAAAGAGUUUUAUUUUCUACCCCAGUUUGGAUUUUAUGAGCCCGCAAAGAACCAUUGCGCUGCUGCUGUUGUCAAAAAUGGCGGCUUUCUGUCCAUCCAUCCAUUUUCUACCGCUUAUCUGGGCUUGGGUCGCGGGGGCAGCAGCCAAAGCGGACCCGUCCAUCGCUGCUUGCAGCUUUAAUUAUUAUUAUUAUGAUAUAUAUAUAUAUUUUUGAAAUACUAAAUAAUAAUUGCAAAUGCAUCAAUUAAAUAAAUAAAUAAAGUAAAAAUAAAACAUUAUUAAUAAUAUAUUUUAAUGUAUUUUAAAGGACGUGAUGCGGGGUAAAAGACCCAAGUACGUUUCCCCGCACGUUGUUGAAUCGACUCGGGUGACGCGUGAGUCAUUGCAGCCUCAACUCUUCAUUAUUUAUUAUGUAAAUAUCUUAAUGAAUGUAUUGGUUUUUUAUUGGUGAAUACAGAAAAGUGCAUAUCGAUGCAAUUAUGAUGUUUAUAUGCCCCGACUUGUCCAGGGUGUACGCCGCCUUCCGCUCGAAUGCAGCUGAGAUAGGCUCCAGCAACACCCCCGUGACCCCAAAAGGGACAAGCAGUAGAAAAUGGGUGGAUGGAUAUGGCAGUUGAAAGAUAUUAAAAGUUAUGUUUUGCAAUAUAUUUGUUGAAGGGGGGAAGUCGUUUGAGUGGUGAUGCACUAAUUAUGACAGCAGAGGGCGCUGUUUAUAGCGAAUAAUUCCUCCAAAAUAGUAUUCUAUACAUGCUGCUCAUUUUGUUUAUUCAUUUAAUUUACUUGACGUUAAAAUGAUUAAUAAUUAGGAAAAAAAAUUGUGCCCAGGUGAAAAAUAUCUUGACUUGCACGUUUAGCGAAGGGAAAAAAAUAGUAUUAUAUAUUUGCUGCUCAUUUUGUGUAUUCAUUUAAUUUAGUUGAUGUUAAAAUUAUUAAUAAUUACAAAAAAAAUCGUGAAGAAUACCUCGAUUUGCUCGUUUAGCUAAGGAAAAAAUUGUAUUAUAUAUAUAUAUAUGCUGCUCAUUUUGUGUUUUAAUUCAGUUUAAUUGACGUUAAAAUUAUUAAUAAUUACAACAACAAAAAAUUGCCCGGGUAAAUAAUAUCUCGAUUAGCUUGUUUAGCUAAGGAAAAAAGUAAUAUUCUAUACAUGCUGUUCAUUUUGUGUAUCAAUUAAAUUUACUUGACGUUAAAAUUAUUAAUAAUUACAACAAAAAGAAUUUGCCCAGGUGAAAAAUAUCUGGACUUGCACGUAUAGCUAAGGAAAAAAAAAUAGUAUUUUAUAUUUGCUGCUCAUUUUGUGUAUUAAUUUAAUUUACUUGAUGUUCAAAUUAUUAAUAAUUACAAAAAAAUUGUGCCCAGGUGAAGAAUACCUCGAUUUGCUCGUUUAGCUAAGGAAAAAAAUUGUAUUAUAUAUAUAUGCUGCUCAUUUUGUGUUUUAAUUCAAUUUAAUUGACGUUAAAAUUAUUAAUAAUUACGACAACAAAAAAUUGCCCAGGUAAAUAAUAUCUUGAUUAGCUUGUUUAGCUAAGGAAAAAAAUAGUAUUCUAUACAUGCUGUUCAUUUUGUGUAUUUACUUGACGUUAAAAUUAUUAAUAAUUACAAAAAAAAAAUUGCCCAUGUAAAAAAUAUCUGGACUUGCACGUAUAGCUAAGGAAAAAAAAUAGUAUUAUAUAUUUGCUGCUCAUUUUGUGUAUUAAUUUAAUUUACUUGAUGUUAAAAUUAUUAAUAAUUACAAAAAAAAUUGUGCCCAGGUGAAGAAUACCUCGAUUUGCUCGUUUAGCUAAGGAAAAAAAUUGUAUUAUAUAUAUAUAUAUAUAUAUAUAUAUAUAUAUAUGCUGCUCAUUUUGUGUUUUAAUUCAAUUUAAUUGACGUUAAAAUUAUUAAUAAUUACAACAACAAAAAAUUGCCCAGGUAAAUAAUAUCUUGAUUAGCUUGUUUAGCUAAGGAAAAAAAUAGUAUUCUAUACAUGCUGUUCAUUUUGUGUAUCAAUUAAAUUUACUUGACGUUAAAAUUAUUAAUAAUUACAAAAAAAAAAAAUUUGCCCAGGUGAAAAAUAUCUGGACUUGCACGUAUAGCUAAGGAAAAAAAAAUAGUAUUAUAUAUUUGCUGCUCAUUUUGUGUAUUAAUUUAAUUUACUUGAUGUUAAAAUUAUUAAUAAUUACAAAAAAAAUUGUGCCCAGGUGAAGAAUACCUCGAUUUGCUCGUUUAGCUAAGGAAAAAAUUUUUAUUAUAUAUAUAUAUAUAUAUAUAUAUAUAUAUAUAUAUAUAUAUAUAUAUAUAUAUAUAUAUAUGCUGCUCAUUUUGUGUUUUAAUUCAAUUUAAUUGACGUUAAAAUUAUUAAUAAUUACAACAACAAAAAAUUGCCCAGGUAAAUAAUAUCUUGAUUAGCUUGUUUAGCUAAGGAAAAAAAUAGUAUUCUAUACAUGCUGUUCAUUUUGUGUAUCAAUUAAAUUUACUUGACGUUAAAAUUAUUAAUUACAACAAAAAAAAUUUGCCCAGGUGAAAAAUAUCUGGACUUGCACGUAUAGCUAAAGAAAAAAAAGUAGUAUUAUAUAUUUGCUGCUCAUUUUGUGUAUUAAUUUAAUUUACUUGAUGUUAAAAUUAUUAAUAAUUAAAAAAAAUAAAAAUUGUACCCAGGUGAAGAAUACCUCGAUUUGCUCGUUUAGCUAAGGAAAAAAAUUGUAUUCUAUAAAUGCUGUUCAUUUUGUGUAUCAAUUAAAUUUACUUGACGUUAAAAUUAUUAAUAAUUAGCAAAAAAAUUUGCCCAGGUGAAAAAUAUCUGGACUUGCACGUAUAGCUAAGGGAAAAAAAAUAGUAUUAUAUAUUUGCUGCUCAUUUUGUGUAUUAAUUUAAUUUACUUGAUGUUAAAAUUAUUAAUAAUAAUAAAAAAAAAUUGAGCCCAGGUGAAGAAUACCUCGAUUUGCUCGUUUAGCUAAGGAAAAAAAUUGUAUUUUAUAUAUAUAUAUUAUAUAUAUAUGCUGCUCAUUUUGUGUUUUAAUUCAAUUUAACUGACGUUAAAAUUAUUAAUAAUUACAACAACAAAAAAUUGCCCAGGUAAAUAAUAUCUUGAUUAGCUUGUUUAGCUAAGGAAAAAAAUAGUAUUUUAUAAAUGCUGUUCAUUUUGUGUAUCAAUUAAAUUUACUUGACGUUAAACUUAUUAAUAAUUACAAAAAAAAAAAUUGCCCAUGUAAAAAAUAUCUGGACUUGCACGUAUAGCUAAGGGAAAAAAAAUAGUAUUAUAUAUUUGCUGCUCAUUUUGUGUAUUAAUUUAAUUUACUUGAUGUUAAAAUUAUUAAUAAUUACAAAAAAAAUUGUGCCCAGGCGAAAAAUACCUCAACUAGCACGUUUAGCUAAAGGAAAAAAAUAAGUAAUAUUCUAUAUAUUCUGCUCAUUUUGUGUAUUCAUUAAAUGUACUUGACGUUAAAAUUAUUAAUAAUUAGGGGGUAAAAAUUAUGCCCAGGCGAAGAAUAUCUUGACUAGCACCUUUAGCAUUGAAAAAAAUAGUAUUCUAUAUAUGCUUCUCAUUUUGUGUAUUAAUUACAUGUACUUGGCGUUAAAAUGAUUAAUUUUAAUACCCAGCUUUUAAGCCAAUACAAUUAUUUAGGUGCAGCAAAAUAACUGCAACGUGAUUUAAAAGAGCCUCUCAUAAAGGACGUGACCUUUAUACUGCAUGACUACAUCGUCAACAAGUUCCUCUUCUCAAAAAGGUGGGCACGCCACUAAAGACGCAAACCUCCAAACUUGUUUAUCGUGGCCCUUAACCUGGGGCCCGACUGCACCGCUGAGUCAAUGCAGGAACGCGUGUGCGACUGAAAUAAGUCCGCUGCCAUUUAAAAUGCCUUUUGUUGUGGUUUUGUUUGGAACUAUUUAGCUUACUGAGUCUUAAUUGGCAGAUUAGCCGUGUACAAUGUAUGUUGUCAAUCAUAUCUACAAACCCCGUUUCCAUAUGAGUUGGGAAAUUGUGUAAGAUGUAAAUAUAAACGGAAUACAAUGAUUUGCAAAUCCUUUUCAACCCAUAUUCAGUUGAAUAUGCUACAAAGACAACAUAUUUGAUGUUCAAACUCAUAAACUUUUCAUCUUUUUUUUAAAAUAAUAAUUAACUUAGAAUCGCAUGGCUGCAACAAGUGCCAAAGUAGUUGGGAAAGGGCAUGUUCACCACUGUGUUACAUCACCUUUUUUUUUUAACAACACUCAAUAAACGUUUGGGAACUGAGGAAACAAAUUGUUGAAGCUUUGAAAGUGGAAUUCUUUCCCAUUCUUGUUUUAUGUAGAGCUUCAGUCGUUGAACAGUCCGGGGUCUCCGCUGUCGUAUUUUACGCUUCAUAAUGUGCCACAGAUUUUCCAUGGGAGACAGGUCUGGACUGCAGGCGGGCCAGGAAAGUACCCGCACUCUUUUUUUACGAAGCCAUGCUGUUGUAACACGUGCUGAAUGUGGCUUGGCAUUGUCUUGCUGAAAUAAGCAGGCGUCCAUGAAAAAGACACCGCUUAGAUGGCAGCAUAUGUUGUUCCAAAACCUGUAUGUACCUUUCAGCAUUAAUGGUGCCUUCACAGAUGUGUAAGUUACCCAUGCCUUGGGCACUAAUGCACCCCCAUACCAUCACAGAAGCUGGCUUUUCAACUUUGCGUCGAUAACAGUCUGGAUGGUUCACUUCCCCUUUGGUCCGGAUGACACCAUGUCAAAUAUUUCCAAAAACAAUUUGAAAUGUGGACUCAUCAGACCACAGAACAAUUUUCCACUUUGCAUCAGUCCAUCUUAGAUGAUCUCGGGCUCAGAGAAGCCGGCGGCGUUUCUGGAUGUUGUUGAUAAAUGGAUUUCACUUCGCAUAGUAGAGUUUUAACUUGCACUUACAGAUGUAGCGACCAACUGUAUUUAAUGACAAGGGGUUUUCUGAAGUGUUCCUGAGCCCGUGUGGUGAUAUCCUUUUGAGAUUGAUGUUGGUUUUUGAUACAGUGCCAUAUGAGGGAUCAAAGGUCACGGGCAUUCAAUUUGGUUUCCGGCCAUGCCGCUUACGUGGAGUGAUUUCUCCAGGUUCUCAGAACAUUUUGAUGAUAUUUUGGACCAUAGAUGUUGAAAUCCCUGAAUUUCUUGCAAUUGCACUUUGAGAAACGUUGUUCUUAAACUGUUUGACUAUUUGCUCACGCAGUUGUGGACAAAGGGGUGUACCUCGCCCCAUCCUUUCUUGUGAAAGACUGAGCACAUUUUGGGAAGCUGCUUUUAUACCCAAUCAUGGCACCCACCUGUUCCCAAUUAGCCUGCACACCUGUGGGAUGUUCCAAAUAAGUGUUUGAUGAGCAUUCCUCAACUUUUUCAGUAUUUAUUGCCACCUUUCCCAACUUCUUUGUCACGUGUUGCAGGCAUCAAAUUCUAAAGUUAAUGAUUAUUUGCAAAAAUAAUAUAUAUGUUUAUGAGUUUGAACAUCAAAUAUGUUGUCUUUGUAGCAUAUUCAACUGAAUAUGGGUUGAAAAUGAUUAGCAAAUCAUUGUAUUUUUUUACAUUUACAUCUAACACAAUUUCCCAACUCAUAUGGAAACAGGGUUUGUAAAGUUGAACUGGUGCACACAUGACUCCAGGUAGCAAUAUGGGAAAGACUGAUAGAGUUUAAGGUUGUUUUGGGCCGUUUAGUUGAUGUAAAUAAAGCUGCUCAUGUGAUGUAAUUAUUUAUCUGUGUUCAAAGUUGGUGCAGGUGCACUCACCGUGGUGGACGGCCUCUGAAAGGGUUGGCUUAGUCAUAGUUUAAUUUGAACACGCUUAACGACAUUUGCCGAAAGAGAAAAUGAUUCCACUUGGCAACAAUGCAACACGCCCGGAAAGAAGCAGGACGAAGCAGAUCUUAUUUAACCUGGCACCACUUCUCCAUGCCGCCGCAAUUAGUCAUGUUUUGCUCACUUUCUGUCUGCUCUAACUUUGAAUAAAAGUACAAACUUUAAUAAAAACACGGUGCACGUA